ACAGUGUCAAAAGAUCAGAGAACGGCGAAUCGGCGAUAAUAACAAAUAACUAUAUUAGUCAUUUUAGUAUUCUUAGUUCUUGCAUUGUCACAAAUCUCUUAUUGUGAGAAAAAUUUCAAAAGAGACUGCACGUAUGCCAUUCAAGCAUAUAUUUUAUUAAAACUUUAAUAAUUUUUCUGAUAAGAUGAUAAAUCCACGAAAUUUUAUUGUUAUCAACUGUUGCAAAAUUAUUUUUUUCAAUCACGCAAAAUAUUCCUCUUCAGCUCUCCCGAGAUUGUCAUCGGAAAAAUAUAAUGUUAAACGAAAAAGUUUUGGUACUAUACAUGCAACAGAUAUAAAUUAUUUUAAAUCAAUAUUAAGUGAAGAUCGUGUAAUUACUGAGGAAUCUGAUGUUUUACCAUUUAACAUAGACUGGAUAAAAAAUUGUAGAGGUCAAUCAAAAGUUGUGUUGAAACCUAAAACAACUCAGGAAGUAUCUGAAAUUCUUUCAUACUGCAACAGCAAAAAAUUAGCAGUCUGUCCUCAAGGUGGAAACACAGGGCUGGUUGGAGGGUCAGUGCCAGUUUUUGAUGAAAUUAUUCUCAGCCUUAGUUCUAUGAACAAAAUUAUAAGUUUGGAUGNNNCUACAGGAGCUCUUGUAUGUGAAGCAGGAUGUAUCUUAGAAAAUUUGGACAACUAUGUUAGAGAGCGUAAACUCAUAAUGCCCCUCGACCUUGGCGCCAAGGGGUCAUGUCACAUUGGCGGUAAUGUGAGCACGAAUGCUGGAGGCUUGAGAUUAUUACGAUAUGGAAACUUACAUGGAUCUGUUUUGGGCCUCGAAGCUGUCAAAGCCGAUGGCACUGUCAUUGACUGUUUGCGGACUCUCAAGAAAGACAACACUGGAUAUCAUUUAAAACAUCUUUUCAUUGGAUCUGAAGGCAGCUUGGGUAUUGUGACCAAGGUCGCCAUACAUUGCCCACCAUUACCAAGGGCUGUAACACUUGGAUAUUUUGGUGUAAAAACAUUUGACGAUGUAUUGGAAUUGUAUAUAAGCGCAAAAUCAUCACUAGGGGAAAUACUUUCUGCAUUUGAAAUGGCAGAUAAUGGGGCAAUUAGUUCCACUGUACAAAAUCUUAAACUAACUAAUCCCUUGGGUGACUUUCCAUUUUACGUAUUGAUAGAAACUAGUGGGAGCGAUGAAGAGCACGAUAGCGAAAAAUUAAACCGCUUUCUUUCCAAAGAAAUGGAACGAGGACUUAUAGUAGAUGGCACCGUUUCUUCAAAUCCUUCUAAAAUGCGGAACAUAUGGAACAUUCGAGAGAGUAUAGCAGGAGCCGGUUUAGUCGAUGGUUACGUUUUUAAAUACGAUGUCUCAAUACCUCAGAAAAACUAUUACGAUAUAGUUCUCUCGCUUCGUGAAAGAUUAGGUCAUAAGGCUGCGAAUGUUUACGGAUAUGGGCAUGUUGGUGACGGCAAUAUCCAUAUAAACGUAACCGCGCCGGAAUAUAGCAAAGAAAUGUGCGAUUUGUUGGAACCAUAUAUAUUUGAGGAGGUCGCAAGACUGAGAGGUUCGAUAAGUGCCGAACAUGGCGUCGGUUUUCGUAAACCACAGUUCAUACAUUACAGUAAAGACGAAACUGCAUUACAUCUGAUGGGCGACUUGAAAAAAAUGAUGGACCCUAAUGGAAUUCUUAACCCUUAUAAAGUAUUACCGGAUUGAAUGAAUAUGUAUUUAAGUUGACCUAUAUUGGUU